AUGGUUGAAUCCCUUAACUCUUGGGUAGAGGAGGCAAGAAGUAAGCCUGUUGUUGAUCUGAUUGAUAUGAUUCGUGGUAUGUUGAUGGAACAACGUGCUCAUCGAAAGUCAAAUGCUGUUUCUUGGAGAGGUCCUCUUGUUCCUUGUGUGGAUGAAUACAUUAGAGAUGUUACAACUAGAAAAGAGCACUUCAUUAUAAGACAAUCAUCUGCAACCAAAGCUGAGGUUGAAGGGCUAUCUGAGCGACAUGAAGUUGACAUAGAGAAUCAUACGUGCACUUGUGGUUUUUGGCAGAUUGCAGGCUUACCAUGUAUACAUGUUGCAGCGUUUGUAGGAAGUAAGCAUCACACUUUGUGGCACACAUAUGUGGACGAGCUAUAUUAUAGUUAUAGAUACAGAAUGGCAUAUGAAGGAGCCAUAUCAACAUUGCCAGGGAAAGAGCAGUGGACCUUAUUACCUGAUAACCAGUUUGUUUUCCCACCUGUUACAAUUAGGCCACGUGGUAGACCCAAGAAAAGACGCAUUAAAAGCUUCUUGGAAGCUGAAACAGAAGCAGUAAUUUGUGCUCCCGUGAUGAAAACUGCAGAAGCAAUGUUUUCAGCUGGUAGAAAGCUUCGUCGGCAAUGUGCACCCGCGAUGCCAACUGCAGAACCACCUCUGAAUUUGCCACUACUUAGCAAGAUUCUUUUCCUCUCAAUCGGUAUUGGCCUUCUAUCACCAGUUGAUGAUAACUACAAAUGGGUGCCGACAUUGAGGUCAGAGUUAUUGAAUAGGAAUCCUGGUUCACAUAUAACAUACCAAUGUGACAAACAAAAUGGCUCAUUUAAGAGGUUUUUUGUUAGCUUCAAGGUUUGCAUUGAUGGUUUCCUUGCCGGUUGUCGAUAUUUAAUUGGCAUUGAUGCUUGCCAUCUAAAAUCAAAAUAUUUAGGCGUCCUCCUUUCUGCUAAUUCGUUGGAUGGGAAUAAUGGUUUAUUUAAUAUUGCAUUUGCCGUUGCUGAAUCUGAAUCGAAGAAGAGUUGGGAGUGGUUUCUUAUGAAUUUGUCCCAAUCUUUUGAUGUUCAUAUAGAACAUUUAGCAUUUAUUUCAGAUAUGGAGAAAGGGCUUGGUGAAGCAAUUAAAACUAUCUUUCCUCAUGCCGAGCACAUAGUAUGGGGAGAGAUGGCAAUGGCUCCUAUGGAGAAGACAGAGAAAGAAGCUCUGUAUUUGGCCAUUCAGGGUUUUCUUGGUAAUUGGUGGAAUGGCUCAGAUCUUUAUCCCGACCCCUGCGGUUGGACACCUAUUCAGGGGGUAUCUUGUGAUCUAUUUGAUGACCUCUGGUACAUAACCAUCCUAAGUAUCGGGCCAGUCCUGGAGAACUCACUUGACUGCUCUCCAAACUCAAGGUUCACUCGAUCCCUCUUCGAGCUCAAGCAUUUGAAGAGUCUUUCCUUUUUUAAUUGUUUCUCUGCCAAUCAAUCCAUCACUUUACCAUCAAAUGGCUGGGAUAAGCUAGCUGUUAGCUUAGAAAUCUUGGAAUUCAGAUCAAAUAAAGGACUGGUUGGAGAAAUCCCGAUCGAGGUUUUUAGUCUCACAAAUCUGCAGUCUUUGGUGCUAAUGCAGACUGGACUUUUUGGAAAAUUGCCUGACGAAAUUGACAAUUUGAUCAACCUGAAGAGGCUUUCACUCGCUGGUAAUAGAUUCAUGGGGUCAUUACCGAAUUCUUUUGGAAAAAAUAUGAAUGAGCUCUUGAUACUUGACCUUAGCAGUAACUCACUCUCUGGUUCCAUCCCGUCAUCAAUCGGUGGUCUUACUUCACUGCUAAAGCUGGAUAUAAGCAACAAUCUAUUCAGUGGAAGCUUACAUCCAGAGCUUGCUUCUCUGAAGAAUCUCACUCUUCUGGAUUUAAGGAACAACUGUUUGAGUGGUGGGUGGGUUCAGUCCCUUCAAGGUAUGUUCUCUCUCCAAGAUAUGCUUCUGUCAAACAACCCAUUGGGUGGAAAUCUUGUAGACUUUGGGUGGGAAAAACUGCAAAAUCUCUCAAAUUUGGACCUGUCAAAUACGGGAAUCACGGGAGUGAUUCCAGAAUCCAUUGCUGGGUUGAGGAGAUUAAGGUUUCUUGCAUUGGACAACAACCAUCUUUCUGGAAAAGUUUCUCCUAAGCUUGCAGAUUUGCCUGAUCUGAAUGUUCUCUAUCUGAGUGGGAACAAUUUCACAGGAGAGCUUGACUUCUCAGAGGAGUUCUUUGAAAGAAUGGGGAGGAGGUUUACAGCUUGGAAUAACAGAAAUCUAUGUUAUAGAGCCGGAAGAUUUGUUCCUUUUGGUGUGGAGUUGUGCAGGGAAGAGGGCGUUGCAGUUCAGAACUCGAAGAAUAAGUUUGGUGUGGGAUCCCAAGAUCCAGAAUCAGGCUUCGUGGCUUCAUUUGGGCUCCAAACUUGUUCAUCCAGUAAUGAGAACUUGGCUGUCAUUCUUAUACAAGUGAUAGUGACUAUUUUUCUUCUGUUACAACGCUUGUAAAUGGAAAACAAGAGACGAGUAGUGUGCG